UUCCAGGCAGGUAUUAAUGAAAAUGACUUUUAUGACGGGGCGUGGUGCGCCGGAAGGAACGACCUCCAUCAGUGGAUUGAAGUGGAUGCCAGACGUCUGACCAGAUUCACUGGUGUCAUCACUCAAGGAAGGAACUCGCUCUGGCUGAGUGACUGGGUGACCUCCUAUAAGGUCAUGGUGAGCAAUGACAGCCAUACAUGGGUCACUGUUAAGAAUGGAUCUGGAGACAUGAUAUUUGAAGGAAACAGUGAAAAGGAGAUCCCUGUUCUCAACGAGCUGCCCAUCCCCAUGGUGGCCCGCUACAUCCGCAUCAACCCACAGUCCUGGUUCGAUAACGGGAGCAUCUGCAUGAGGAUGGAGAUCCUUGGCUGUCCAUUGCCGGAUCCAAAUAACUACUAUCACCGACGGAAUGAAAUGACCACAACUGAUAACCUGGAUUUUAAGCACCACAACUAUAAGGAAAUGCGCCAGUUGAUGAAGGUCGUGAAUGAAAUGUGCCCCAAUAUCACCAGAAUUUACAACAUUGGCAAGAGCCACCAGGGGCUGAAGCUGUACGCCGUGGAGAUCUCCGACCACCCCGGGGAGCACGAAGUCGGUGAGCCUGAGUUCCACUACAUCGCAGGGGCCCAUGGCAACGAGGUGCUGGGCCGGGAGCUGAUGCUUCUGCUGAUGCAGUUCCUGUGCCAGGAGUACUUGGCCCGGAACCCACGCAUCGUCUACCUGGUAGAAGAGACCCGGAUUCACAUCCUCCCCUCCCUCAACCCCGACGGCUACGAGAAGGCCUAUGAAGGGGGCUCAGAGCUGGGAGGCUGGUCCCUGGGACGCUGGACCCACGACGGGAUUGACAUCAACAACAACUUUCCUGACUUGAACACGCUGCUCUGGGAGGCAGAGGACCGAACGAACACACCAAGGAAAGUUCCGAAUCACUAUAUUGCAAUUCCUGAGUGGUUUCUGUCUGAAAAUGCCACGGUGGCGGUGGAGACCAGGGCAGUCAUAGCCUGGAUGGAAAAAAUCCCCUUCGUGCUGGGCGGCAACCUGCAGGGAGGCGAGCUGGUGGUGGCGUACCCCUACGACAUGGUGAGGUCCCUGUGGAAGACGCAGGAGCAUACCCCCACGCCCGACGACCACGUGUUCCGCUGGCUGGCCUACUCCUACGCCUCCACACACCGCCUCAUGACUGAUGCCAGGAGGAGGGUGUGCCACACGGAAGACUUCCAGAAGGAGGAUGGGACUGUCAAUGGGGCUUCCUGGCACACUGUGGCUGGAAGUCUCAACGAUUUCAGCUACCUUCACACAAACUGCUUUGAGCUGUCCAUCUACGUGGGCUGUGACAAAUAUCCACACGAGAGCGAGCUGCCGGAGGAGUGGGAGAAUAAUCGGGAAUCCUUAAUCGUCUUCAUGGAGCAGGUUCAUCGUGGCAUCAAAGGCCUGGUGAGAGAUGUACAUGGAAAGGGAAUUCCAAACGCCGUGAUCUCUGUGGAAGGCGUUAACCACGACAUCCGAACAGCCAGCGAUGGGGAUUACUGGCGCCUCCUGAACCCCGGAGAGUAUGCGGUCACCGCCAAGGCAGAAGGUUUCACCUCGUCCACCAGGAACUGCAUGGUCGGCUAUGACAUGGGGGCCACGCGCUGCGACUUCACACUCGGCAAAACCAACCUGGCCAGGAUCAGAGAGAUCAUGGAGAAGUUCGGGAAGCAGCCGGUCAGCCUGCCAGCCAGGCGGCUGAAGCUGCCCAGGCGGAGGAGACGACAGCGUGGGUGACACCCCAACAAUUGAGACAUGUCCUGGACCCCUGCAGAUUAAACCACCCUGGUCGUAGCUCCGUAGAGGACUUGCUCACUGUUUUCUCUGUAAUUCAAGAAGGCCCGGGAGAAUGUGUGCACUGCAAGGCUGGUUCCUGGGGAAGGGCUGAAGGCUAGGGAUAUUUUCUUUUCUUUGUUCCCAUUUAUCUAAAUAACUUGGGCAGAGCAGCAGAGAAAGGCUGGUAGGAGUGAGAGAAUUCACCAAGGCAACCUGGGAGUCUGAGAAAGCGAGGAGCUUGCCUGUCGAGGGCCUCCUGGCUGCACGGGAAGGGAAACCGUGCUUCCCCCGUUUGCGUGACAGCGAGAGUUCCCUUGCAUUUGCAAUUUGCACGGCUAAACUGCAGCCUUCCCAGGGCCCUGCUGUCCCAAAUGUUACUGUUUGAGAUGCUCAUGGGCAUUUUAAGGGAAUCCACCCUCUUUGGUCUGGGACAUUCCAAGCUGCUGCAGAUAACUGCUGUACUCUGUUGACAAUAGAGACAUGACCAAGUGAGCCUUGGUCAGCCUCUAGAGUCAGUUUCGUUUCCCUUCAACGAAGGAUCAUGUUCAUAAAAGGGGAGAAAGGCUGCAAUCGUGCAAAAGUGGUUGUUGGGCAGCAGGUGUGCACUGGGGCUCACAGAGAACCCCCCAAACUCCCUGCUGGUCCAGUAGCCGCGGGGGCUCCCUGGGUGGGGAGGGCAGGAGGUGCCAGGCUUCCUGAGGGACCAGAUGUCCAGCCUGGCUCUUGUCUUUGACCUGCCGGGACUUGAAAAGAGCCAGAAGGAGGCUAACCUGCCCUCUCUCUGGUCAAGAUAGUCCUCCUUUCCUGGGAAUGGGUCCUAAGUUGGCCUGACCUCACUAUGGGAGUUAUUUUUGGUGGGUAGGAUGCCGGACCUUCCAGAUUAAGCUAAAUUUGAUGAAAAGCUCUUAGAAUUAUCUGUGGAGCGUUGGUUCGGGAGGAGUUAUUGAAUUACCAUGCAAGAAAAUUUGUCUCACUUUUUAUUAAUGUUGCUGCCUCACUCACCUGGGGAGAAUGAGAAAAAUAAAGAAAGCAAAUGGUGAGAUCCUU